UUCCCAUGCGAAAAUAAAAAAGGAACCAGCAGACGUGAUUGUGAUUUCUGAUGACGAAGCAGCAUCAUCUGUGAAUGGUGACGGUAUUUCUUGUGACCCAUUGCACGUUACGUCUUGUGACCCAUUGCCUUUUAGUGGUGCGUCUUUCGACCUUUUGCCAGAGGUAAAGGAGGAUACACAUGCAUAUCUCGAAGGUAAUAGCAAACGCUGUCGAAAGUGUUCGAAAAACUUUUAUGCCCAGACUGGACAAAAGUGUCAAAAAAGCAACCUUAUACCGAGUUCAGAAAAAUGCAGCAUUUGUCAUUGAUCUUGGAGAUCAAGACCCGAUGAUGAUGAUUCGUAAUCUAGAAUCAGAUGACAAUGGGGCAUAUACAUGCUUGGGAACAAGAAUCCACCUGGAAGACAGAAGAAGAAAGUAUUGAUGAUUUUGAGGUACAGAAGGUUAGUAUGUUAUCCAACAAAAAGGACACUCUGACAACAUCAGAUCAAUAUCAUUUAGUACGAAAGUAUAGGCGUCUUAAUUUGUGCGAAGAUUUUAACAAAAUCAUUUCAUAUGCUAUUGAUAGACGAGGCAAUAUAAUGAACAAUGUUGCUUUUGUUCAAUAUUACUUUGAUAGUGGUGUAGAGAGGCCGUUUGUAGUCAAACGGCAUGGUAAUGCUGUCCGUACUAGUGCUCCAUACAAGAGCACUAAUUCAUCAACAAAGGCUAUUGUAAGACAGCUAAUAAAUGUAGAUAAGCCUAAAACUAUACAUAGCAGCAUAAUUAACAAAAGGAGUAAAAAAAGCAAGUGAAAUGGCAACUUGGUGUAGUAGACAAACCAUUUAUGAUAUUAAUCGAUCAAAAGAAGAGGAAUGUGACAUUAUCAACGAAUGCCAUGAAUUUUUAUGAUAUCGUUGCUAUGGUCCGAGAGCAAGAUGCGCAAAAAAUACUGAAAAUAGAUUUAUACGCCACAUUUCUGCAUACAACGAUCCGGAACUUCUUGUUCUUGGUUAUGAUAGACAAUUUCGUGAUCUAGAUAGGUUUUGCACAUCACCUGUUAAUUUUAGCAUUCUUAGCAUUGAUCCUACUUUUAACUUAGGUGCAUUUUAUGUCACGCCAAUGUCAUAUGAAAAUUUGUUUUUGGUAUCAAACAGAACGAAAAAACACCCAACAUUUCUUGGACCUGUACUGAUUAGCCAUAAUUUAGAUGAGAGUUGCUACAGCCAUUUAACUUUCGUAACAACACAGAAAUCACCAUUACUUGAAGAUAAUUUAAUUGCAUUUGGUACUGAUGGUGAGAAAGCUUUGUACAAUCAUUUUGGAAAGAAAUUUAAAAGUGCUGUACAUGUUCGCUGCAUGGGUCAUUUCAGCGAAAACUGUAAAACACACUUGAAAGGGGUUUCUCUUGAAAACCAGAACAAGAUUUUAAAUGACAUAUUUGGUAAAAAUAUUGAAGAUACACACUAUGGUGGUCUGAUUGAUUGUGAAUGUGAAGAUAUUUUCACAGCUACUUUAAAUUCUUUGAUUGAUGCUUGGCACGCCAUUGUUCCUGAUAGAUUUAUUGCAUGGUUCAAAACCGUAAUUCCAGAAAUCCUUUCGAGCAUGCUGGCACCAGUGCGGGGAAAAGCUGGUUUGGGUAAGCCGCCACUCCCUUUCUAUAACUAUCGAAGUGAAUCGAUAAAUCAUGUCAUAAAAGAGGGAGUUCAAUACAAAAAACAAGAUCUUCCUGAUUUUAUUUUGUCUCUUCAAAACAUCAUAUCCAGUCAAAUUGAAAUGAUUAAAUUAGCGAUUUUCCGAAGAGGAAACUAUAAAUUUAUUGAAGAUUUAAAAUACUUAGAAAUUGAUUGGCUAUACAAAAUGAAUGAAAUCAGAGGAAAAAUCAUUUUGCCAAGGUUAUGA